AUGACGCCCUCUCAGAGAGCCCGGUACGGAUGCGAGGCGGCACGUAACGCUAAAUGGAGAAUAGCAGCUCCUCCGGCCUCCUUGUUGAAGCGUGCUGGUGGGGCACCCCAGCCAUGGCCCAUUCACCCCCACCCUUUGGGACAGGUCCACAGGUCCCACUUUCCUCCACCUCCUCCUCUUCUUCCUCCUCACCUCCCUCUCUUCCACACCCGGCAUGCAGAGGAGAGCGCUGAGAGGCCCCGUCUGGUCACCAUCGUCCGCCCCUGUAGUCAAGGCACACUACGCAAGAUAACUGUCCUGUUGAACCGUAGGGGUGUGGUGUCCUUCGAGCAACUGCUAUUGGAUAUCUCUGAGGCGUUGGGGUUUCCUCGCUGGCACAGAGCCAGAGUCACACGCCUAUACACGACCCACGCACGAGAGGUGAAAGGUGUUUGUGAUUUCUUCCGAGGCGAGGUGGCCUUCCUGGCAUUGGGAAAGGCUCGUCCUGAGCUGAGCAGCGUGAGGGAUGCUCUGGAGGAGCUGUUUCCAGAACAUUCCCAUUACCAGGCUGAUGCACUGCGGGCCUGGGAGAAAAGACUUCGUCCAGCUCCAGAUAAAGCAGCUAAGGCAGACAGUGGAUACAGUGAGGGGACGGACAGCAGUGAGACACGCGCUAGCCAAGAGACACACCAGGACAGAAAAACACAUGUCAAAAAUCACACUAAUACACACACAAUUACACAGCCGCCUCACCGUAUAGACACACGCCAGCCUGAAAACAUUAACUCAGAUGCUCAGAAGUGUCAUAAAAAGAAUUCGUGCCGAAAACCUGCUCAGCUACCCAAUCAUCUGCAGAGACUGCGUGUGAGGGGCGGGGUCAGAGAGCGACAGCCUUCUGUCAUUGGUCCAUUUAAACAUGAGGAAGGUCUUAGAGAAGCAGACAUAACCUCUCCUACACUGUGUGGAAACUGCUUAGCAAGGAGAGUUAAACAUCAGGGUACAGAACGGAUCAAUCCCCUAUCUGGGAAGGCCCCACUUCCUCCUGUGUCCAGGAAGCAAAAAGGAAGUUCUUACACAGAACAGGAAGUGAGAAAGUUGUAUGUUCAUAGCAGUCCUCCACCGCCUCAGCCAAUCAGCAAAGAGGAGGAGAAGAGUGUUGCGCAGGUACUACCUUCAGAUCCACUUCCACAUGUGGGUCAAGUACACAAUGAAAUACAGCUGAGGACGACCUUUGACCUUCCCUCAGAUGGCAGUGAUGUCACCCCAGCAGAUAUCGAGCAUUGUUAUGAAAUCGGACGGGUGGUGGGAGAUGGCAACUUCGCGGUAGUGCGGGAGUGCCGCCGUCGUGAUAACGGACAAACCCUGGCUGUGAAGAUUGUCGAACGCUCCAAGCUGAUAGGCCGAGAGCACAUGAUGCAGAACGAGCUGAGCCUUCUGGGUAGCCUCUGUCACCCUCGCAUAGUGCGGCUGUUUGCGCACCAUCACACACACACUCACUCCUACCUGGUGAUGGAGCUGGUGAGCGGGGGGGAUCUGUUUGAGGCCAUCAGUGAGAGGGGGAAGUUUUCAGAGGCAGAGGCGGGACUGAUGGUGUCGGACGUGAGCGAAGCACUGAAUUACAUCCACUGCAAAAGUAUUGUCCACCGAGACCUCAAACCAGAAAACCUACUGAUAGAGCGUGUAGCUGCCGGCGUCUGUAAGUUGAAGCUGGGAGAUUUUGGUCUGGCUAUGGUUGUGACUGAACCAGUUUUCACUAUAUGUGGCACACCCACAUAUGUAGCCCCAGAGAUUCUCUGUGAGACAGGUUAUGGUGUUGCAGUGGACGUAUGGGCUCUGGGUGUUAUUCUCUAUGUCCUGCUGUGUGGAUUCCCUCCAUUUCGCAGUCGGGAUCGGGACCAGGAAGAGCUGUUCCAGCUCAUAAAACAGGCGCAACUCCACUUUCUGUCACCCUACUGGGAUCCCAUCUCAGAAGAAGCCAGAGGCCUUGUCACAGCUCUUCUUCAGCCAGAUCCCACAGUGAGGCUGACAGCAGAGCAGACCUUGCUGCAUCCCUGGGUGAAGGCUAUGGCUUCAGUUUGCAGGCAGAGGGCGCUCACAGACAAAGGUCAGAGGAACACAACAGAUACUGGAGCAGAACCAGACAGAGUCCAGAGGCUAGCCCAGACCAAUGCAGCAGAAACAGUAACAGACAAAACGCAAGAACACACCAGCAGCGAGAGAGAAAUCACACAUAAUGAGCUCAGCAGACAUGAUAAGAAACAAACUGAGACAGGAAGAGGACAAGAUGAGGACAAACCACCGGGGCAACAAUCAAAAGAGACAAGUACAGUUCACACCAUAUCUACACAGCUCAAAGGACAUACACCUUCAGAGGCCACACCUGUUCAACAGAAACCAGAGUGCACCUCCAUAGACUUUGCUUCACCCAGCUGGGAGCCCAGCAGGCGAGAAAUACAGGAUUCAGGUCCCAAGUUGUCAAGCUCAGACUGUGACCCUGCCAGCCCAACCAGCCCGAGAAUUGAACCCAAUCAGCUUGGUGACCCCGCAGCCCCAACCCAGCUUCCAUCCCCAGAAAAGACACAAUAA